AUGGCCCACAAAGCAGAUGUGAUUGGGGUUGAACCACCCCCUGUGGAAGACAUGGUAACGGGUUCUAUGAAGGAUAUUCCUUCUCAGGAGGAAGGGGAUCUACACAAGACCCUGAAGGACCGUCACUUGAGCAUGAUAGCUAUGGGCGGUGCACUGGGCACUGGUCUGUUAAUUGGAACUGGAUCGGCAUUAGCACAGACGGGUCCUGGAGGAAUUUUGGUCGACUACAGCAUAAUCGGAGUGAUUGUUUUCAUGGUUAUGGCUGCACUGGGAGAGAUGACUUCCUUUGCUCCGAUGUCACGAGGAUUUGGUGGCUAUGCAACACGUUUUGUUGACCCUGCUCUCGGCUUUGCUACGGGAUACGCAUACUUCUUCAAAUACCUUCUCGCGACUCCAAAUCAGCUGUCGGCUAUAGCUCUUAUCAUUGAGUACUGGACUGGAGACAAGGUCAAUCCUGCGGUAUGGAUCACCAUCGCCUUGAUAGCCAUCCUGGUGAUCAAUUUUAUCAGCGUCAAAGCCUUUGGGGAGUUCGAAUUCUGGUUAUCGUCCUUCAAAAUCAUAGUCAUGACCGGUGCUAUCAUUCUUCUGCUGGUUUUGGCACUUGGUGGUGGAGCCAACUUAGAACGAACCGGCUUUCGAUACUGGAGCAACCCAGGAGCCUUUGCGGAGUACAAAUUAAAGGGCUCCUUGGGUAGAGUAUAUGCCUACGGCGGAACAGAGCUAGUGGCCGUCACAGUUUCGGAAGCUCAAAAUCCAAGGCUGGCCAUGGCACGAGCUGUAAAGCUGACAUUCUUCCGCAUUGUGAUCUUCUAUAUACUGUCGGUUCUCUUUCUCGGAAUGGUUGUUCCAUACAACAGCUCCGAAUUGGCGUUUGCCGCGGGCUCUUCCACCAGCGCCGCCGCAUCGCCUUUUGUUGUGGCUAUCAAACUCGCAAAGAUAAGGGGUCUAGACCAUGUGAUCAACGCAUGUCUGCUGAUGUUUGUGAUAUCAGCGGCUACCUCCGACUAUUAUAUCGCCACAAGAACAAUCUACAACAUUGCCGCUGACGGGAACGCACCUAAGAUUUUGACUCGAACAAAUAAUCGAGGUGUGCCUAUAUUUGCAAUGAUCAUCCCCACUGCUUUUUGCUUUUUGGCGUAUAUGAGCACAAGUUCUGGUGCAAAGGUCGUGUUCAGUUAUCUUACUUCCAUGGUUUCCACUUUUGGCAUGCUCACCUGGAUUUCCAUUCUGGUUACCCACAUUUACUUCUCUCGUGCGGUCAAAUUGCAAAAAAUACCGGCAAAUCUAUUCGCGUACCGGGCACCAUUAAGAGAAUGGGGAUCCCUGGGUGGUUUGUUGAUAUUGUGUCUUUUGACACUCACAAAGGGAUUUGGAGUAUUCUUGAUCGAAUUUGAUUACAAAAACUUCAUCUUGCAGUAUAUUGGGCUGCCGAUUUAUUUGGGUUGCCUGUUUGGUUACAAAUUUUAUUACCGAACUGGGCGCGUCAAGGCUUUCGAAGCAGAUCUGGUGACUGGGGUGUCGAUGGAGCCAAUCGAGAUAACCAAAGCCCGGCAAAAGGCUGAGAUGGAAGAGAGCAUUGCAACAAAACCCGCAUUUAUUCGAGUAUGCAAGAAGUAUCUAGCUUUGUGCUUUUAG